GUACGCGUGAAGUUGAACGGUGUGAAAUCAUAAAGAGAAAACCGAUUUAUUCAGACCAAGUCAGACACGUAUAGAGAGCUCGUUGCACCAAAUUCUAGCCAAUUAGCAGUGCACGAAAAACUUAACACACCGGCUAUUUCUUCCACAACCAUUUCCAGAUCUCAACAACACUCAUGGAGCGUCGUAAAGAGAAAAAUGGUACUUGGCUAUCAGUGCCACAAUUUGGAGACUGGGAUCAGAAGGGCCAAGUGCCAGACUACUCUCUUGAUUUCUCAAAGAUAAGGGAAACUAGGAAGCAGAACAAGACAAGCAUUUCGAGGGCAAGUCUUGGUAAUGAAGAAGAGUUCGUUGAUUCAACCUCGAGCAGCGUAAACACUGGUCACAGUGAGCACUCCCAACCUCACUACCAUCAAACGGUUCCUCCAAAUGCAAGGAAGAGCUUCUUCAGCUACUUCAAUUGUUGUGUGAAAGCCUAAUAUUUAUUUUGAGGUAAAUUGUUUUCAGACAAUUCUGGAUAGGAACAGUUAUGCUUUGUUCAUUUGGUGAUCUUCAUUUCAAAUAUUUCUUUCAGUUCUUAA